CCAUUCCUCCUUUCCAGUGGUUCUUUGGGAACCAUUCCCUGCUGAGCAGAAAUAAUGUCAUUUUCUUGGGACUGGAAAGUGGCAGAACAGAGGUAAGUCUGUCCUGACAGAGCAGCACAGGACAUGCUGUGGGAAUCCCACCUUCUGUGCUUUGGUCCAAACCCUGCAAAGGACUUUACAUUAAGAUGCCACAGGAUAAAACCCAUUAAUUAUCCUGUAGGUACCAUCCCACAAUUAUGCUUUGAUAAUCUCAGAGUAACGCAUCCAUUUCAUUUAUAGUCUAUUGAAUAAUUUUACUCUAUUAAAAGGUACUUUGAUAACAGCCUACAACAUUAGGUCAUUACUUACAGAAUUAGAAUCCUGCCACAUGAAAAAGGCUGUACCAGAGUUAUUACCUUCUACUGUCCAGACAAGCCUGGAAAGAACUAACACAUUUCUCACCCGACAUUCAUUGGCACAGUCUAGAGAGAGCAGCAGAAUAUCUGUUACUUGACUUCAUUAAAUUGAAUUGGGUGGCUCUAUAAAAGCUUGACCUUUUCCUAGUGUUUUACUGAUACAAUAAAAACUCUGAAGCAGUGAAAAGGCACACUGUGCCCUUCUGUAGGCAGUGCCAGCCUAACUGCUCUGUCAUUUACUCUUUGGUUCUCAUUUCUUCUUCUCUGUAAAAUACUUUCAAACACUGCAGUGGCAGGAGUGAAAUGAAGAGUGUGUAUUCCUGAUGCAAAGCCCAGUUUUGUACUAUUCUUCCAAGGUUUUUUCUAGUACAUUUACAUACCUUUUUUCUGUUAUUUUUUGGUUUGCCUCUUUGUUUCUUCUUUUGCUGGGAAUUUUAGGUGAAGACACUUUGUUGCCAGCACCUCAGAAUAUCUCUAUUCUUUCUACCAACAUGAAACACUUCUUAAUGUGGAAUCCUGUGAUCAUCCAAGGAGAAACUGUGAGAUACUCCGUUGAGUUUCAAGGGGAGUAUGAACGAGAAUACGCCAAUGAGAGCUGGAUUCCCAUCAGUGAAUGUUCACUCAUCACAGCCACAGUGUGUAACAUCACAGAGGACAUCUCAGCCACUGUGGCCUAUAACCUGCGUGUGAGGGCAGAUGUUGGUGCUAGAAGGUCAAAGUGGGGCACCCUGAAAGGUUUCUUCAAUCGCAUCACAACUUCCCUGACCCCACCUCUGAUGAAGGUCAUAGCAGAUGGGCAUCAUUUACUAGUGGAACUGGAAGAUAUGGGGCCUGCCUUUCAGUUCUGUGUUCUCUAUUGGAAGAAGGGCCAGGAGAGUAGGAUGCAGCAGAAGGUGAUGAAAGAGGUCAGAUCUGUGGUUCACCUGGACAUCAUGGAGGCAGGACACGAUUAUUGUGUAAAAGCUCAGACCUACGUUGAGGCAAUCAACAGGAGCAGCAGCUUCAGCCAGACACAGUGUGUGAGGGCACAAGGUGACAGAUCCAUGUGGCUGGUUACUGCCCUCAUCUUCUCUGCUGGCUUUGCUGUGGCUGCUUUGACUCUGCCUUUCCUCACCUGGAAAACAAGUAAAAUCUUUCAGUAUUCCUGCUGCCCCAUUGCUGUCCUUCCAGACACACUGAAAGUAGCAGAGUCCCCUACCCAGCUGACGCUGUGUGGCAGUGAAGAAGCUGAGCAAUGUGAUCUGAUGGUGUGUGUGAUACCUUCAGAAGAAGUUCUCCGGCUAUGGAUUCAGGAAGCACUUUAG